UCAAUUUUUUACCGGAAUUUUUCCAAGCAUUAUUAUACACUUUUUCUACAUAUUUCUGUAGUUUUGGUGCUUAACAGCAUUAAAAAGGUAGAAUAUGAUGCAGAGUAAUUUUCUGGAUAUCCAAAGACAUCCAAACUGUUCUUGAGUUUAGAUCCUAAAGUCUACGUCUGUAACGGUAACUUCUUGCAUUAUACAAAGCAACGAUUUGUAAUCUAUUAUGCCCAGUAAGUCUUUUGAAAGUUCAAUAGACAGUUUCAGAUCAGUCGGGAUAUCCUAGGUCAUCCAAACAGUUCUGGAGUUUAGAUCCCAUAUUCUACGGGUGCAGCGGUAACUUCUUGCAUUAUACAAAGCAACGAUUUGUAAUCUAGUAUGCCCAGUAAGUCUUUUGAAAGUUCAAUAUACAGUUUCAGAUCAGUCGGGAUAUCCUAGGUCAUCCAAACUGUUCUGGAGUUUAGAUCCUAAAGUCUACGGGUGUACCGGUAACUUCAUUCAUAAUACAAAGCUACGACUUGUAAUCUUUCAUGACUUACUGAACAUCUCAAAGUUUAAUAGACAGCAUCAGAUCUGUUGAGAUGUCUAAGGACAUCCAAACCGUUCUUGAGAUUACAUGAACUUUUUUCAUUGUACAAAUCUUCGAUUUGUAAUCUAUUAUGUCCAGAGAUUAUUAUUGUAUCUAUUAUUGUAUCGAUCUAUCAGAGAAUUAUCUCUAUGAUGUCAAUUUCUGGCUGUUCAAUUGGCUGAUUUGGAAUAUUUUAAAACUAUUUUGGAAUAAUUAUUGAUUUGAACCCUGUCUAACUAUGUAUAGUUACUAUAUUUAGCUUGAGAAACUACUGUCAUAGCCAUAGACUUUAAAAACUGAGUUCCAGAAUACUUAGGAUUACCUGGAAUAUCCCAAAAUUUUCUAAGAAUGCUUUGUGACCUUUAACUAUUAACCCUCGAGCAAUCGCGCUGUUGUAUUCUGUACAACACGUUGAAAUAAUCGUGUUCAGCAUUAGCGUGGUGAUGACGGUGGUGGGCAACCGCGCGAGUUACGGAAGGUUAAGUGAACAUGAUUUACUGCCUGUACUUCGACACUUAUGCGACAACUGUGAGAUGGAGUCUCAACAACGAACCGGUUCAAACCAGUGUUGCAAAACUUCAUCUCAUUCAUUUGAACACUAACCCAAUCUUUUUUAGUAAUUUUUCCUUCUAUUCAUGUUCAAAACGAUUUCAUUCAAUCAGAGCACCUAUCAAAUCAGAAGCGAUUCCUUGUCAAUUGAAUACAUUGUCAGUCACUCGAAUGAGAAGCUGGGCACGAAACACGAGAAAACCCUGCAAAAUUCCGCCAGACUGAAAAAAUAUCGAAUGUCGGGUCAAAGUCGGGUCAAUUUUUAUCGAACAAGUAUUGGGUCCAUGUUGGGUUUGGUGGCCAAAAUAAAAAUAGGUGAAUGAUAGGUUGAUGUCGGGUUUGACGUCAUCAAUGAUGGUAAAAGCUUUAAACAUUUAAACAAUAGCUUGGCAGUUUGUGUAACUUGUAGAAAUUUUAAGUGACAGGCAAAAAUCUUAAAAUGAUGUCUUAAAAUAAUUCGUUGAGUUCAUUUUUUAAUAUAAAAUCAAGAUGGAAAUUAUUGAGUUAAAAGUUAUAAAACAUGGUUUUCAUUUACGCGGAUUUUUGAAUUAACGCGGUUUAUUUUUACGCGGAUUUUUGAAUUAACGCGGUUUAUUUUUACGCGGAUUUUUGAAUUAACGCGGUUUAUUUUUUCGCGGUUUUUUUUUACGCGGUAUGUAUCCCCCGCGUAAAAAAAACCUGACUGUAUACCUAAUUAUUGCCGGGAGCCAAAGGGCUCAACGCGAAGAAUAGAAUAACGAAUUGGUGAUGGUGCACAAUGCACAUAACGCCCCCUCCGAAGAAAUGCUGCUUGGUCCGGAGGGGAUUUUAAGUUGGAGGUGAGCUUCUUAUUCUUUUUCUUUAUGGCUCGACGUUCGCAUUGGAACUUGGCCUGCCUUUCUUCAACUUAGUAUUCUUAGAACACUUUCACAGUUAUUAAUUGAAGGGUUUUCUUUGCCUGCCAUUGCAUGAAUUUGUACAUUGUGUAGCAAUUAAAAUGAUACUUUAUGCCCAGGGAGUCGACAAAAAUUUCCCGACCGGAACGGGAAUCGAACCCGCCGUCUCCGGAUUGGCGAUCCAUAGCCUUAACCACUGGGCUAACUGGAGACCCUGGAGGUUAGCUAGGAGUGUGUUUUAGUGGAUAGGCGCACAUCCGAUUUUUGAACUCCUAGAUGUUAUAAAAAACAUACAUACAUACAUUUAUUUGCUCAACAUCACAUUUAAGAUCAGUCGUUGUUUUGCUCUCGUCGGAAUCAGACGCAGUAGCAGCUUGUCUGUAAUACCCGGAUGAAUAGCACCCGGUAGUGCUUUGUUCUCUUUUGUGUAGCAGUUUUCAGUUAACCUUAGCUUUGUUUCGUUUCGGUGGAACAAAAUGAUCGAGAACACGAUCAAAUUUCGUUUCCCUGCGUCGGCGCCGCGUCCAACAUGGAUUGAAAUCGCUGACUUCUUGAAGCAACUGAAAUCCAAUGUAAUGCAUAUGGAAACCGUGUACAAGAUGGAGGAGGACAGAAGCCUGUCCAUCAAAUUCAAAACGGCAGUCGCAAUGGAGGAAGCGUUGCGAUUAAAUUCAGGACCUGUCAAAUUUUGUUAUUCCAAUGGGAAAACGGUUCACGUUACCAUGUCACGAGCCGGAACCAACGUAAGGUACGUGCGGAUAUUUGAUAUUCCCCCGGAGGUAUCCGACGAGGAUCUGUCGUUGGUCCUUGGCAAAUAUGGAAAAAUCGAGAGUGUGAUACGAGAAAAGUUAGCACCGAACCUAGGACUCGGCCAUAUGUUCAACGGAGUGCGAGGUUUGCACAUCGACGUGGAAAGCGAAAUUCCUCCAACAGUGGAAAUUCUCCAGUGGAAAGGAAAGGUGUUUUAUGACGAUCUUAAAAACAAGUGCUUUUUGUGUCAACAGGAGGGGCACCGUAAAAACGCCUGCCCACAACGUCCAACCCGGAAUCAAAAGGCAAAGGGAGUGGAAAUGGUUGCUAGUACCUAUGCUAGUGCCGUGAUUCACGGUGGUGUAGCACUAGCUCAGCAGGAAGCCGUGAACGAGGAAAAGGAAGUGGUCAAAGAGGAUUCCGAAGCGAAAGCGGAAGCGGAUGAAGGCGAAAAGCAAGGUACAUUGCAAGGAACGGAACCGAUUGUGUAUCAAAGCGAGUAUGAGAAGACUCUGGCGGAAAAUUGGGCUAAGCACGAGGCGGAGAAGCGUAAAAGACAAGAAGAAUAUCGGAAACAGGAGAAGUCAAUGCAGCGACGAUAUCAAGAGAAUCUACGGGCGAAAGAAGCGGAGCAAAAGGAGCGGUGGGAGAAGUGUGAAGCGGAGAGAAGAAGCAGGCAGGAAAAAUUUAAUCGGGAAUCAUCUCAACAGCAGCAAGUACUUCCGGCGGAAAGUCUUCUACAGUCUCCACCCAAGAAGAACGCUCGAAAGCAGUAAUAUUGUUAUUUUGUAUUUUUAAUAAAUUACUUUUUAUUAUUGGUGGGGCUGGCUCACCGACACUUCCGGUCCGCUUUAGUGCUUUAUGCAUCAUUGUGGCCAGGUGUUGCUCUAGUUUUUCCAGCUGUAUUGUAAAGCAUGAUCGGUGAUCCUUGGCAUUCUUGUGUAAACUAGGGUAGGUACUCGAAAUGUUGAUCGAUCACCGAUUAUUGCUGGCAGAUGCAGUGGAAAGUUUGUCUUAAUACGUAUCAAUCGUCUCUGACAAACGAGAAAAACUGACCUCACUGAUUACCUGUCUCUGAGCCAAAUUUGGUAUAGAGUCUUCAGUCUCCGAUUAAUCGCUUCAUGUUUGAUGGAGGUUUUUAAUCCAAUGGGUUACAUAGCCGCUAUCCGAAUGAAGAGAGUAAUGUUCCGCGUAAUAUAUCACAAAUCGAAAGAGGUACGGUACAUUACGUGGAGCGGAUAUACUGAAUUGGGUACCAGACCAAGUCCCUGCUGGGUGGCGCUAAAUAGGUGAGCCAUAGACAAUAGAAUCGUCAAUGUCGUAGGGCAUAGUAUGUGACUAUUGUCGAAACAACAUUAUUUUUGGUCAUUGUCCAACCAAAAUCAUAAGCGGCGUCCACUUACACUAAGCGCAUAACUAUGUUAGGGUCAAGAUUAGGAUGAAAUCAUUGGUAAAAUAUAAUAACACUUUUUAGUUUGUGUAGUUAGUUGAACUAGUGUUAACUUUUUAUUGGGACAUUUUCUGUAGGUUUAUUCUAGAUUACAAUGCAUUAGCUGCCCUUUAACUGAAUUAUUUUAUAACAGUAAACAACAUUAUUCUUUCUUGGUAAAAGAUGUAUGGACAUAGAAUUGCCAAACUAUACAUAUGAUCAGAUAUUUUUCCGGUAUUUCAUUUGGGGUAGA